AAAGUGUAUUUCUGUACACAAAACUCUUCAGCCUCUAAACCAAGGCACCACCACCAGCAGCAGAAAAUUAAAUAUAAAAUUAUAAAAAUAAAGAGCCUUACAAAAAGCAAAAAAGAGGAAGAGGAUUGAUUUCUUUCUUUCCUUUUUCUUUUUCCUUGUAGACUCUGCUAAGCAUCUUUGCCUCCUCACUUUUCCCUUCUUUUAUCUCCCUUCCUUCUUCUUCAUUCCUCUUGGAAUUUCCUCUUUUCUCAACCAGAUUACCUUUGUUUUAGCUCUAUUCCUUACAUGCCAUUAUAUAUUGCUAUCCCUUCUCUCCCAUAAAUUGCUUCUUCUUUAGGUGAAUUCUUGCAGGUUUUCAUUCUCUUACUCACAAAAGCUUGCUUCCUUUUUUCUUAAUUUUCUCAAUAUUUUACCCUCCCAAAUUUAAACCCUCCUCUCUCAAUUAGAAAACUGCAUGCCCUGAUCUCCUUUCAGGGUCCCAUUGUUCUACCCGGAAGAGGCCAGAAAACAAAAUCCAUUUUUGGAACCUCCCCUGAUCUAAAAAUCUGAACUUUCUGGUAAUUUUGUCUAGUGUUUUGAAUUCUGCUUCUGGGCUUUUGUUUCCAUGGGGCUGUGUCAUGGAAAACCCGUUGAAACCUCACGAAGUGAAGGUGGGCACCACGUUUUCCCCGGCGAGAAAGAGGUGGUGGUGGCAGCGAGUCCCAAAACCUCCACGAGAGGUUCAAAGUUUCCGUUUUACAGCCCAAGCCCGUUGCCGAGCCUGUUCAAGAACUCGCCGGCGAACUCUAGUGUGAGUUCGACUCCUCUGCGGCUCUUCAAGCGGCCCUUUCCGCCUCCGUCGCCGGCGAAGCACAUUCGGGCCUUACUGGCCCGCCGCCACGGCUCCGUCAAGCCCAAUGAAGCCUCCAUCCCAGAAGGGAGUGAGUGUGAGGUUGGGCUCGACAAGAGCUUCGGCUUCUCCAACCACUUCCACACUCACUAUGAGCUUGGGCCCGAAGUGGGCCGUGGUCACUUUGGCUACACUUGCUCUGCCAAGGGAAGAAAGGGCACCUUCAAGGGUCAUGAUGUUGCUGUCAAAGUCAUUCCAAAGUCCAAGAUGACAACAGCAAUUGCUAUAGAGGAUGUAAGGAGAGAAGUAAAGAUAUUGCGAGCUCUUACUGGGCACAAGAAUCUGGUGCAAUUCUAUGAUGCCUAUGAAGACAAUGAUAAUGUUUAUAUAGUUAUGGAGUUAUGCAAAGGAGGUGAACUGCUUGAUAAGAUUCUUUCCAGGGGUGGAAAGUACUCAGAAGAAGAUGCAAGGAUUGUUAUGAUUCAGAUAUUAAGUGUGGUAGCUUUCUGUCAUCUGCAGGGUGUUGUUCACCGUGAUCUCAAGCCAGAGAAUUUUCUCUAUAUUUCUAAGGAUGAAAAUUCCACUCUGAAGGUCAUUGAUUUUGGACUCUCUGACUAUGUGAAGCCAGAUGAAAGGUUGAAUGAUAUUGUUGGAAGUGCAUAUUAUGUAGCUCCUGAAGUUUUGCAUAGAUCUUAUGGGACAGAAGCAGAUAUGUGGAGCAUUGGUGUAAUUGCUUAUAUUCUUUUAUGUGGAAGCCGACCCUUUUGGGCGAGGACAGAAUCUGGCAUAUUUCGGGCUGUCCUGAAGGCAGAUCCAAGUUUUGAUGAAGCUCCUUGGCCAUCUUUAUCAGCUGAUGCAGUAGAUUUUGUAAAGCGACUGUUGAACAAAGAUUAUCGGAAAAGGCUAACUGCAGCUCAGGCUCUCAGUCAUCCAUGGCUGACGAGUCAUUGUGAUGAUGUGAAGAUACCUUUUGAUAUGAUAAUCCACAAGCUUGUUAAAGCUUAUAUAUGCUCAUCUUCUUUACGCAAAUCAGCAUUAGGGGCUCUUGCAAAGACAUUAACAUUAGUGCAGCUAGCAUAUCUGAGAGAACAGUUCAACAUGUUAGGGCCAAACAAAAGUGGGUUAAUCUCCAUGCAGAACUUCAAGACGGGUAUUUUGAGGAGUGCCACCGAUGCCUCAAAGGAUUCAAGGGUCUUAGAUUAUGUUAACAUGGUUAGUUCAAUCCAAUAUCGCAAAUUAGAUUUUGAGGAAUUUUGUGCUGCUGCUAUAAGUGUCCAUCAGCUAGAGGGAGUGGAGAGCUGGGAGCAACAUGCAAGGCGUGCCUAUGAGUUGUUUGAAAAGGAAGGAAAUAGACCAAUUAUGAUUGAAGAGCUUGCCUCGGAACUUGGUCUUAGCCCUUCAGUACCAAUUCAUGUGGUGCUGCAAGAUUGGAUAAGACACUCAGAUGGGAAGCUGAGCUUCUUGGGGUUUGUUAGACUCCUCCAUGGGGUUUCUUCUCGCACAUUUCAGAAGGCUUGAGAUUGUAGUAUUUUUUUGUGAGCCUUAUUGAUCAUAAACCUUUUGAAAGCAUGGCUGGUGAGCAUACUCCAACAGCAUGUUGGUUGCAGACAUUGCUUGAGCAAAGGCAAAAGCUUUAGCUAGAAGGGUCCCUUUGUGAAGUUCCCUCCUUAUGCGUUCUUGAAACACACAACACUUUCCUUCAGAUUGAUUGGUGGUGCUGGAGUUAAGGCUUGUACAGAUGAAAGUAGAGCACAGGUUGUACUUACAAAGUAGUGGAACUUCCAUAAACUGACUUGUGUUUUCGGGUUUAUCCAUCACACUUGUCAAUAAACUAUUUCUACUUAUCUCAA